CCCGUCUGCGUCCAGAGAGUCUGUACAAGGAGAAGCUGGAGAACCGCUGCUGUAAGGACGCUCUGAGGGAGGUCCCCAUGCCGUACUCCUGCACGCGCCGCUCCCUCUACAUCACCGAGGGCUGGGAGUGCAUGCGGGCUUUCCGCUACUGCUGCUCCACGUACAGGGACCAGGUGUUUGACACCGACCAACCCACGACUCCUCCACCCACCACCACAGCUCCACCCACCACCACAGCUCCACCCACCACCACAGCUCCACCCAUCGUCAGCCGCCACUUUGGAAGGUUCAUUGAAAGAAUAGAUGGGCCCUUAUUUGAAGUGCCUCGAUUAUCUCCGCGGGUCCUGCUACGAAGCCAACCUGCACUAAAUGCUGUUGUACAGGGGAUUCCAGCAGCAGCAGCAGCAGGGGCGGCCAUAGCAGGUGCAGACGUGGAGGAGGAGGAGGAGUUUGAAGACCUGGAGUACAUGGAUGUGAAUGACGUGUAUCUGCGUACCAAGUUCUAUGAGUCCUGGCUGUGGAUGGAUGUUAAGCUGCCCAGCAGCACAGGCGCAGACGGGUUGGCAUCAAAGAAUGUGGACAGCGCUUUACCUGACAGCAUCACAGAGUGGGGACUUCUGGCCGUCAGUGCUUCACCACAAACGGGUUUCUGCGUCGCGGAGCCGUACAACUUCAGAGCAUGGAAGGAAUUCUUUGUGGACCUGAAGCUGCCGUAUUCAGUGGCCAAGAACGAACAGGUGGAGAUUAAAGCCGUGAUCCAUAACUACGCCGAAGCUGAGCUCCAGGUGAGGGUGAUCCUGAUGAAGACAAAAGACAUGUGCAGCGUCGCCUUCAAGGACGCACACACACAGCAGCUAAAAGUGCCCGCCGGCUCCUCGGUCACGGUGCCCUACACCAUCGUUCCACUGGUGGUGGGGAAGCUUCCCAUAGAGGUGAUGGUGGCGGCUGGAGACAUGAUGGGAGGAGACCGCAUCCAGAAGUCUCUGCACGUGGUGAUGGACGGCGUGCAGAAAAGUGACGUCUGGAGUGUGAUGCUGAACCCGUCGGCUGAAGGAGGGAAGCAGGUCGUUCGUCGAGUCAAAGUUGAACUGGAGUCAGUUGUGCCAAACUCUGUGCCGGAGACCUUCAUCAAUGUCAGAGGCAACGUGCUGGCAGACAGCAUCGAUAACUCCAUCAGUCAGGACUCUCUGGCGUCUCUGAUCCAGAUGCCCGGUGGGUGUGUGGAGCAGAACCUGGCCAGCAUCACGCUGCCGCUCAUCGCCACCCUGUACCUGGACCGAACCAACGACUGGGAGACUGUGGGGGUGCAGAGAAAGGCUGAGGCUGUCAGUUACAUCACCAGAGGAUACAAGAACCAGCUGGCAUACAAGAGGAAGGACGGCUCUUACCCACCGUACAGGAGCGAAGGUGCAAGUACAUGGAUCACGGCGUACGUGGUGAAGGUGUUCUCCAUGGCCUACUCCAUCAUCGGGGUGGACGAGCAGCACGUGUGUGACCCUCUGCUCUACCUGGUCAACAACAAGCAUCGGCUGCCGCAGGGAAGCUUCGUAGAGGACAACCCGGUUUACUCCACCACCAUGACUGGUGGUCUCCGUGGCGACGAUUCUGAGACGACCCUGACAGCCUUCGUCCUCAUAGCGCUUGCAGAAGCCAAGCAGGCAGGAAUGCGCUGCUCUGCUCAGGCUGCAGCCGAGCAGGUGAAGUCGGCUACGGAUAAAACGGCUGAAUACCUGAGGGCAGCGCUGAAGACGGCCGGGAGGAGGCCGUACACGGUGGCCAUCGCCUCCUACGCGCUGGCUCUGCUGGACAAGGACCAACCCUUCGACCCAACACAGGCUCUACUCAGAGCCGCAGCUCCAGAUCGCAGCCACUGGCCCGACAGACACAACCGCCUGUUCACCCUGGAGGCAACCGGCUACGCUCUGCUCGCGCUGGUCAAGCUGGGACGACUGGAGGAAGCCGCUGCUCCCUUCAAGUGGCUCAACAGCCAGCGAGGACGAGGAGGCGGCUUCGGCUCCACGCAGUCCACGAUGGUGGUGCUCCACGCGCUGUCUGAGUACCUGAUUAGAAGGCCUCCUCCUGGGGACCUCAGUCUGGACGUGGAUGUGCGCUUAACGGGACGCAAGGAAAUCCGCUACGCGUUCAACCCCACCAGCGCCUACGCCGUCCGCUCGUCCAGGUUGCCGGCUAAUUCUGAUUUGGAGGUGGAGGCUCGAGGGAACGGAGAGGGAAUCUUGGAGGUUGUGACUUACUACAACCAAGUGCAUGAAGCCGAUGAGAAGAAACCCUGCAGGGACUUUGAGCUCAGCGUGGCCAUUGAAGAGUCCAGCGAGAAGCCUCCUGCUGAGGUGGAGAAGUCCUACCAGCUCACCAUCAAAGUCAGAACUCUAGGACCCAGAGACGUGAGGAUGGUGGUUCUGGACAUCAGUCUUCCAACAGGCUUCACUCCAGAAAUCUCAGACCUGGAGAAGUUGUCCAACUCAGUGGAUCGUUACAUCAACAACUUCCAGGUUGUGGAUAACCUGAGUGAGAGAGGCUCCCUGAUCAUCCACCUGUUCAAGGUUUCACACAAAGAGCCUGAGAUCCUGAUGUUCAGGCUUCAGCAGAAUUUCAAAGUGGGGCUCCUCCAGCCGUCCUCAGUUACCGUCUACGAGUAUUACAACCCAGAUCACCGCUGCUCUCGGACCUACUCCCCUAAGGAGGACAAGGAGGCGCUCACUCAGAUCUGCAAGGACAGCGUGUGCCGCUGCACACAGGGCGACUGCUGCAUCUCUAAAGCCGACAGUGAACAGUUCCUGAACAAAGAGAGGGAAGUGUUUGCCUGCAAGAGUUUGCAUCACGUUUACCAGGUGAAGGUGUUGAGCGUCAGUGAGAGUUACUACGACAGAUACGAGAUGGAGAUCACGCGAGUUAUCAAGCUGGGUUUGGAGAGCAGUGUUGAAGUGGGACAAACGAGGUCUUUCUUGUCUCAUGGUGGGUGCAGAGACGGGCUCAACCUGAAGCAGGGCUCCCAGUACCUCAUCAUGGGCCCCGAGGUCGACCAGUGGACCAUCGACACUGAGACCAACAAAUACAUCUACAUGUUGGGAAAGGACACCUGGGUGGAGCUCUGGCCUUCAGCGGAGGAGGCCGCCAGCAGUGCAGCUCUGCAAGCGAAGAGCAGGAGCCUCAGCGAGGCUGCACACGAACUGUCUGUUUACUCCUGCAGGCUGUAGAGGCCUCAGUGGUUCUGGUCCUGAGCUCACAGUGACAGCAGGCUCAUUUCAUUCUGUGCACUGAGAGUCAUUUUGACUGUAGUUUCCACAGUAAAAGAGGAACUGAAAGUCUGUUUAUCUACGUUUUAAAAGAACAAACAGGGUGUUGCUGUCAGUGCAUGUUGUUUAGGUUGAGCUAAAAUUAAAACGAUGCAGCGUCAUUAUUGAAGCACCACCGUCUUUAUUCUCUCUCAUUUACAGGUGGACAAGCGUUUUUACAGUUUGGCAGGAUGUAAACAAUGGAAUGCAUUUAUACCUGACAUUUAAAUAGUGCAAAGCAUUCGCUGAGGCUUCGGUGUCUUAUUGAAUAUGAUUUAUUUCUGUAAGUCAGGAGCAAACGAUGAGCUGUUUGUUCUGUGUUACUGUAACUGUGCUCGUGUCGUCAGGUCGUGAUGAGUCUCAACACCAGGCGGCGUCAGUUGGCUUUGGUGACUGUGCUGUACAGGGCUGUUACAUCCUCCUCAGCUCCCUGAACUCUGUGGGACAUAAGAAGCAAGAAUCAGGCGAGCGUGAGGUUCAGUGUCGAGCUCAGCUGGUGUGACGUUGGAGUAAACUGGAUCGGCCUGGUUCCUGCAGAACCGGACGCUGGAGUACUGAAGAGCGUCCUGCUCCUCUUCUCCCUCAGCGAGUACACGCUUCAGAACCAAAGGCCCGUUGUUAGUUUUCACUACACGUUAAACAUUUACCACAGAAACAUCUACAAACUCACUUCCUCACCUGCUCGCUGACGCGUCCAGUCUCUUCAGGCUCUGAGGGCGGUUUAGAAACGCUCCUCUUUCUAGUUUAAAUGACAGUAAUGAAAAUACACUUUGACAAAGUGAAACCGUUUCAAAAUAUUAAAGACGUUUAACAUCAGAAAUGCAGCAGCCAUGAGGUCACACUGACCUCAGACCAGAAAAUACUCAUCAAAUUUAAAGGAAAUUCCCUCAAAUGAGUCUGGACAAAACUAGGUCACAACUGUUCCUGGAAAAAAAAUAAAGACUCAAGUUGUCGGUUUACAUUUAACUGUGACCUGUUUACCUCAUCAGUACCACUAAAGAGAGGAGAAUCAGCACCAGGACCACAGCACAGAUUAUUCCAGUCACGACAGGAUUCAAUGUUCCCGAAUCUGGAGGAGACAAAAGCUUCAUAUGAACCUUUGACUGAGACGUGAAGAUUCACUGCUUUAUAAACAUCACUGCUUUACUCACAUCUCACAUUGACAGAGACAAACUCAGAGCGUCUCCUCCCCAGCUGGUUCUCAGCUUCACAGUAAAAGUGUCCAGAGUGAUUCAACUGGAUGGAGCUGAAGACGAGCUGUGGACCUUCAUGGGUGAAUUCAGGAUGUGAGUCUCUGUACCAGGUGUAAUUAGCUGCUGGGUUAGCGUCACUGCUACAGGUCAGAGUCACUGGACUGUUCUCCAGAAUGUCACCAGAGGGAACCACUGACACUGAGGGAACAUCUGGAGCAUCUGCAGGAGAAACACUGAUUAAAUGUGGGAUCAGUGACGACUCCUUCAGUUUCACAGUCACAGUAAAACAAACUCACACACUGAGGCAGAUUUGAAGUUUUCUCGUCCCUUUAAGGCACAAACGAUGGCGUCUCCAGGAUGAACGCGGCCUCUGUAAAACCCGUCCUCCGUCGGGACCUCGUGUCCGUUCUUGAACCAGACGUAGGAAAGACGAGCGGCUGAGCUGCAGCUGCUGAGACACCUGAGCUGUGCGUCAGUGUAAGAGUCCUGGAGCGUUGAUGUGAUCACCUGCACCUGGAGAACUGAGACCACGAAGAAGCAGCUGUCAGAUCACAGUCACAGCGGUUCCACAGGUUGUGUGUGUUGGUCAGUACCUGUGACAGUCAGACUGGGUCCAGAUAAACUACGGCCCCACUCAAAGCCUCCUGCUCUGAAUGUGAAGCCGUACUGUCCUGAAUCCGUCUCUGUCACAUCAGAGAUUCUCAGAGUGGAGCCUCCUGUCGCUGCUUCAAGGACCUGAACACGACCUGUAAACUGGACGUCUGUACGAAGGUCCUGAGGCUGUGAAGGACUCUGACCACUACGGUCAGAACGGAACCAGAACUCAGAUGUGAUGGAUCCAUAAUAACUGUUAUAAGUACAGGAAAUGUCCACUGAUGAUCCUUUGACGGCACAGAUGCUUCUGUCAGUGUAAAUCACUUUGUUGCAGGUUUUACCGUAAACACCUGAAAGAUCAAAAGUACAAAUUGAACUCAACUCUGGUAGAAAUGCUUUUACAUCAUGUUUCCAUAGUUUUUCCUCUGUGACGAAGGUGGACUGAACAGUGGUUGUUCAUUCUGAGACGUCAGACGCUUCACGACUCGUGGUUUCACCUAAAACUGAGCCAACAGACGUUGACUGACAGACAUCAGUGAUGAGUUCAGUCAGAAAUGUGUGCGUGUGCAGCUCCUAGUGAAUCAUGACCAGGUCAAGUUGAACAGUGGCUCAAUGCUGUUACUGUGUGUUAGUGGAGGAAACUCACAGACUGAAGCAGAAGGGAAAUCCUCACGUCCACUGAGAGCACAGGAAAAACUGUCUGCUGAACUGGAAGAUGCAGAUAUUACUUUCUGGUUUUCAUUCAUCUUGUCUCCGUUCUUGUACCAGAUGAAGGACGAAUGAUCAGGGAGACGACAGCUGCUGAAACACUGGAGCCAUGAAGAAUGUCUCCAAACUAGAACCUGCAGAUCUGGGUCUAAUAAAAAGAACAAACAUUUAAAUUCUCAGAUCACGUACACAUGAAAAACAAGGAAAGUUUAUAGAAGUUAUUAAAUAAUACGUAACAAAGAACCAAUGAAACUACUGUGUAACUGUGUCUUAACAGUGAUUUGUGCUUUGGACAAACAGUAAGUUUGUUUUCUACAUUCCGCUGUGUGUGUUGGUCAGUACCUGUGACAGUCAGACUGGGUCCAGAUAAACUACGGCCCCACUCAAAGCCUCCUGCUCUGAAUGUGAAGCCGUACUGUCCUGAAUCCGUCUCUGUCACAUCAGAGAUUCUCAGAGUGGAGCCUCCUGUCGCUGCUUCAAGGACCUGAACACGACCUGUAAACUGGACGUCUGUACGAAGGUCCUGAGGCUGUGAAGGACUCUGACCACUACGGUCAGAACGGAACCAGAACUCAGAUGUGAUGGAUCCACUAUAACUGUUAUAAGUACAGGAAAUGUCCACUGAUGAUCCUUUGACGGCACAGAUGCUUCUGUUGGUGUAAAUCACUUUGUUGCAGGUUUGACCACUGACACCUGGAAAAUAAAACCAUGUUCAAUCACCACUGUUACAGUUACAUCAGUAGAACAGCAGGUUCACACUUGCUGAAUUUAAUGUACAGUAAAUAUAUAAUAUGAAACAUUAGAAUUGAGGAGUAAACUCACAGACUGAAGCAGAAGGGAAAUCCUCACGUCCACUGAGAGCACAGGAAUAACUGUCUGCUGAACUGGAAUAUGCAGAUAUUUCUUUCUGGUUUUCUUUCAUCUUGUCUCCGUUCUUGUACCAGAUGAAGGACGAAUGAUCAGGGAGACGACAGCUGCUGAAACACUGGAGCUUUGGCCACGUAGAAUAUCUCCAAACUAGAACCUGCAGAUCUGGGUCUGGUAAAAAAAGAACAUUUGAAUUCACACAUAAUAAAGGUUCAUAAACCAUACAAGAACAUGCGUAACUAUGUCUUAACACACUUAAGUUGUGUGUUUUCUACAUUCAGCUGUGUGUGUUGGUCAGUACCUGUGACAGUCAGACUGGGUCCAGAUAAACUACGGCCCCACUCAAAGCCUCCUGCUCUGAAUGUGAAGCCGUACUGUCCUGAAUCCGUCUCUGUCACAUCAGAAAUUCUCAGAGUGGAGCGUCUUCUUGUUGUAUAAUUGACCUGAACACGACCUGUAAACUGGACGUCUGUACGAAGGUCCUGAGGCUGUGAAGGACUCUGACCACUACGGUCAGAACGGAACCAGAACUCAGACGUGAUGGAUCCACUAUGACUGUUAUAAGUACAGGAAAUCUCCACUGAUGAUCCUUUGACGGCGCAGAUGCUUCUGUCAGUGUAAAUCACUUUGUUGCAGGUUUGACCACUGACACCUGGAAAAUAAAACCAUGUUCAAUCACCACUGUUACAGUUACAUCAGUAGAACAGCAGGUUCACAGUUGCUGAGUUUAAUGUAAAUAUAAACUCACAGACUGAAGCAGAAGGGAAAUCCUCACGUCCACUGAGAGCACAGGAAUAACUGUCUGCUGAACUGUUAGACACAGAUAUUACUUUCUGGUUUUCAUUCAUCUUGUGUCCGUUCUUGUACCAGAUGAAGGACGAAUGAUCAGGGAGACGACAGCUGCUGAAACACUGGAGCUUGUUACUGUUUUGAACCUUGACCUGUAGAUCUGGACGCACAACAACAAAUAAAUGUACAAAGUGUAAAUAUUUUACAUCAGUAGCAGUUUAAUGCAUCAUCUGAUCCAAUAGUUCAGACUGGAUUUCUUAUGGUUUUUAUCAUCAGCUGUGCUAAACUUCAAACAUUGAUUUCACCAUGAGUCCAAACAACAUUAAAGUAAAAGUGUUACCUUUGACAGAUAAAGUGACUCCAGGUUCACCAGUAAAUCUCCCUUUAUACUGGUUUGUGCUGAAUCUAAAAUAAUAAACACCUGCGUCGCUCUGUC